AUGAGUAGUUUGAUACCUAAAAGACCAAAACUUCUUGACAUUAGAGUUAGAAAAAAGAACUUCAACUUGUCAUCAAAGCAAGAAAAAACUCCUAUUAUAGAAGCAAAAGCAGCAAGCAUGUCAUAUUCAUCAAAUAGUAAACCAAAUAAAAGCAAUAAUCAAAAUAAUAAAAGCUGGGCCA